AUGACAUCAACAAAUGCCGAGGACGCAUUUCCAAGUCAGCUUUUGAGUUGGCUUAGCACAUUUGCAAUCGGAACUGCGUCUCAAGGGACAACAAAUGGUAUCAGUUCGGCCCCAUUUCAUACAGGUUUUCUUUCUGGACAGCUGUGGUUACAAUAUGGUCUCCUAAGGCAUGACAAGGCUGUAAUAUGUGUCAAUUCGGUGGCUGCAUUGCUGUAUUCAUUAUAUAUUUUUUAUUAUUUCAUUAUGGCACCGUAUGUUACAAAGAGCCGCUGCAUCAGAUUAAUUUUUAUGGAAAUGAUAUUUCUCAUGAGUGCAUAUUAUUAUAUCCAUUACUAUGGCUUACCAGUGGAAGUGAUCCAUUCACGUUUGGGAAUGUGUUGUGUGAUAUUCAAUGUACUUACCGCUGCCGCUCCUUUGGAAGCUUUGCGUGAAGUUCUUCGUACGCGUUGUACAGAAACAAUGCCGUUGCCCCUUUGUUGUCUGACACUUCUUGUGACAGCGGAAUGGUUGCUGUAUGGAAUUCUUAUUGAUGAUAUCUACAUAAAGGUGCCAAACGCUAUUGCAUCAGCGAUUGCGGUUGUCCAAUUACUACCGUUUCUUUACUUUCCCAGGAAUAAGAAAAUAACUGCAAUCAUUAUUCCGUGA